AUGCCUGCAAAGAAGCGGUCGGUAUCAAAGAAGAAGAAGGCGCCACCGCCGCCGCCGCCGGUCGUACUUUACGCCUCCAACCAGGAGGAAUUUGACGCAGUGGUGCUGAAUCAUCAGGGCAGCAGCCUCGUCGCCGUCUUGGCGCCGUUCUGUAACCUUUGCUCGCGUACUGUCAUGCCUUACCUGGAGAAGUUGAACGCGGAGCGGCCGAGCGCGCUGGCUGCGCUCAACAUAGUGGUAGUCAACGCCAGCGACGAGUUGGCAGCAUUGUGCCAGUCAUUGGAGGUGGUGGCGGUCCCCUCCUUCUUUGCCUACUCUUACGGAAAGCAGCUGCACUCCUUUGCGGGGGACAACGUGGAGAAGGUGCUUCUCAUCGCUAGGCUGGCGGCGCAGCAGGCAGAGGUAGAUAAGAAAGAGGCAGCCGCAGCAGAGGAAGGCGGCGUCGAAGCUCAGGCUGUUGCAGCGGCAGAGUAA